AUGGCAGGCAGGCGUUACAACCCGCUGCCAGUACCCACCAUGGGCAGUCCCUCGGUUGUUGGGGCUUUGGUGGCGGCUCUGAUGAUAUCGCUGUCCAGCCCGGCGGCGGCUGCAGACGUCGCUCUGCAACAGCCUCAGGGUCCUCUCCAGGGCGACCAUCCAGAAAGGGUCCAUAGCCGCGGAGUCCCCGGCAAGUUGAAAGAUACGCCUCCGUUGCUGCCGCCAAGCUCUGAGGAAGUCCGCACCUACUCCGCGCCAGCGGCAACACGGCGCCGCCUGCAGCAACUCCUACUCGCCGCCAGCGCCGGUGCAUCAGACGGCGGCGGCGACGCCGCCGCCAUGCCGUACUUUGACGGCGUCGUGCCUAGUUUUUACAACAGGGCCGAUAUGACCGGCCAGCCCGUCGCCCAGCCUGGUCAAUCAAUUCUGGCAUCGCGCAAUCCGCAUUACGCGAACAUGAUGAAGCGGGAGGGCAAGCUGUUGCAGCAGGGCGGCGGGGAAGGCGAUGGGGGCGAUGGCAGCAGCAAUGGCAAGCGGCGCCGCAGCGCUGACCAAACAGCUUCGCGCGCGGGUCAGGAAAGAGACGAGCGACCUCAGUCGCAACAGGAGCAGCAGCAACGACAGCAGCAGCAACAACAGCGGCAUGAUGAAGACCAGAUGAUGCGAUUGGUCAUGUCAGACUCGCUCACAGCUUCUCUAUUGAGCCCGGCAACGCGGGCGCAACUCCAGGGGCAACAACAACAACCGCAACAGCAGCAGCAGCGGCAGCAGCAGCUAGCUAUGGAGCUUGCCGCCAGUCCGGCAGCAGCAUCUUCGACACCAUUGCAGCAUCGGGCCCCCCAACAGCUGCACGAGCGUGCCGUAGGGGCCGCUCAUUCCGCCAUCUCCGAGCCCCAGGGGACGCCAGCGCCACAUGCUGCGCCACGACCCCUACGUAUCUCCCAGCUGAAACAGGCGUGGCGCCAGGCAGGUGACGAGAUGGGCAUGGGGAUCCUGAGUGGGAGCUAUGGUACCAGUGACAGGAUUCGAAACGCAGCUGAUAAUACUGGCGGUCGAAGCAGCAGUAGUAACGGCCGCGACAGCAGGACUGCCAGCGAUAGCCUAGGCGCGGGCCCGGCAGAGGAAGUCGCUUUGAAUGCCCGUUCACGGAAUGGCAAAGCCGUCGCCGCCAUUGGCAGCGGCGAUCGUGGCUUGCCGGCACCCCCGCCGGCCGUCUCGUCGCCGCCGUCGGACCGCGACAUCGUUGCCGACAGGGUGAAGGGCGUGGGGCUUGUAAUUGAUCUCGCCUCCCUUCAGAACCUGACCUCCAAUGAUGUACUCUGGGGUCUGUACGAUUUGUACAGCUCUGGUCCUCGCGGUCCUGACCCCGCUGCUGACGAACCUGCUGACGGGAACGCCAUCGAUGAUGAGUACGACAGUGAUGUGUACGGCAGCACUGGCGUCGGUAGAUCGGAAGCUGCCGGUAGCAAGCCGGUGUGGAAGCCACGUCAGCAGCUUCCUGAGCACGGCGGAUGGCCCGAGGGUGCAGCGAGCAGGGGGACGGGCGAGUGGGCGGGCAUGGAACCCGCAGGAGCAGACACUGGCGCAGGGUCACUAACGUCGGCCAACAGGAGAGGCGUUGGGCUUGCACUAGGGCUAAGACAGGGUACUAUGGUUGACGGAGGUGGCGACGGUGGCGCAGGUGGAGAGCCCGGUGGGGCCGGCGGCGGCGGUGGUGGGGGCGGCGACGGCGGCGGCGGCGGUGGCGGCGGCGGCGGCGGUGGGGGCGGCGGUGGGGAUGGCGGCACGGGUAAUAAGAAUGGCAAAAAGAAGUUUCCUUUCUGCCGGCCGCCGUACCUCCUCUGCGCGGACCGCGACUUGGUCACUUUCCUGGGUGUGACAACCGAUCAGGUGGUGUACGACCCAACAGUGCAGCAGUACGCCGGCAUCGGCGCCAUUUCGCAGCGCGCCCUGGUCGGCACCACCACACCCAACUUCUACGACAGGACGAAGACCAGCUCCCUUACGCAGUCCAACGCCCUGCGCUUCUCAUCCAAUGUGUUGUUCAACGGUUUCAACGGAGUCGCCGGAAAUCAACUGCGCCUCGCGCAAACCGACGUGGAUCAAGGACCCAAGGGUCGGCUGCGGCCUGACUCUGUGAAGGUGUCCCUGCUCGACCGCCGCGGCACUUCCACGUUUGACCGCGUUAACUAUAAACCCAUCUGGGUCAUAACGGGCACGGGGCCCGGAUUCGCUACAACAGCCGUCAACUUUGGGCCGUACGGCAAUUUCCGCAUUCCCGGCGGCCUUACCGCUGUGUUCACCGUGCCUGUACCGCAAAGUAAUGGCAAUGGCAACGGCGGCGGCAACGGUGGCGGCAAUGGUGGCGGCAAUGGUGGCGGCAAUGGUGGCGGCAAUGGUGGCGGCAACGGCUAA